UUCAAGCGGGAUUAGGGGCGGUGUGGGAACCUAGAGUGGGAGAGAUUAAGCUGAAGGGAGAUCUUAUGGUAAGGGGUGAUACUGUGGGGUUGUUAGAAGAAACAUUUGUCGUAUAGAAUGAUUGGUGAUGGCCUGGAUACAGUUUUGUAUGAAUUGAAAAACUAAAUGGAAUAAGAGAAGGAUAAAAACAGGUAUAAAAGGACUAAGAAUUGGGAGGACCUAGGACAUCUAAUUAGAGAGUGCCUAAGGAGGUUCAGCAUAGUCCUGCCAGCAAAGAUUAUUUAUUUACUUCAAGAGUUAAGAGUGGCAGUUUGGGGAUAGCAUGAGGAGAUAUCAGCUGUGAUGGCUUGGAGAAACAGUGUAAGCCGGCAGUGUAAACAAGAGAAGGGCAUGUAUGAGUAGUUGAGAACGGUGAAUAGGAGUAUGACUAGACAGAAGAUAUUAGGGAUGACAAGUUAUUUGGGAGCACAGUCUAAGUUGGUCUGGUGUCUGGAAUGAGACUGGGGCCUAAUAAAAAGGAGCGUCUAUAUAGGAGCUUAAAUGGGCUGUACCUUGUAGCAUUCUGAGGACAAGUUUGACUUCUGAGAAGGGAAAGUGGUAAAAGUAUUGUCCAGUCCUUUUUAAGUUGGUGGCUGAGCUUGGUGAGGUGUGUUUUUAAUAGACCAUUAGUCUGUCACUGAAUACUAAGAGCCUGAAAAAAUGCUUGGCUGAUUUGACUAAUAAAGGCUGGCCUGUUAUCAGACUGUAUAGAGGUGGGAAGGCUAAACUGAGGAAUUAUGUCUGACAGAAGUGAAGAAAUGACUGCGGUGGCCUUCUCAGACCCUGUAGGAAAGGUCUCUACCUAUCUAGUGAAAGUGUCUACUUAGACUAAGAGGUAUUUUAGUUUUUGUGACUCGGGGCAUGUUGAGUAAAGCUAAUUUGCCAGUCCUGGGCGGGGGCAAAUCCUCGAGCUUGAUGUGUAGGGAAGGGAGGGGGCCUGAAUAAUCCUUGAGGAGUAGUAGAAUAGCAGAUAGAAUAGCAGAUGGAACACUGAGAAGUUAUUUCCUUGAGGAUAGAUUUCUACGAUGGAAAGGAAAUGAAAGGUUCUAAGAGGCGGGCUAGUGGCUUGUACUAUAGCAUAGCCUGCCUUUGCUGGUGUGUGGUGAUUAGGCCUGGUGGAACUGCCAUCAAUAAAUCAAGCAUGAUCAGGGUGAUAAACAGGGAAGAAGGAAAUGUAGGGAAAUGGGAUGAACAUCAGGUGGAUCAGAGAGAUGCAGUCAUGAGGGUCAGGUGUGGUAUCUGGAAUAAUGUGGGAGGCUGGAUUGAAGUCUGGGCCAGGAACAAUGGUAAUUGUGGGACUUAACAAAGAGUGAGUACAGCUGAAGGAGCCAGGGAGCAGAAAGUAUAUGCACCAGGUAUGAGGAAGAAAAUAGAUUUUGGAAGUUAUGAGAAAUGUAGAGAGAGAGUUGAGCAUAGCUUGUGAUUUUGAGGGCCUCUAAAAGUAUUAAAGCAGUGGCAGCUGCUGCAUGCAGACAUGAGGGCUAGGCUAAAACAGUAAGGUCAAGUUGUUUGGACAGAAAGGCUACAUACAGGGUGCAGUCCUGGCUCUUGUGUAAGAAUUCUGACCUCACUAACCAUGCCUAGGAAGGAAAGGAGUUGUUUUAUAAAGGAUUGAGGUUUGGGAGAUUAAUCGGACACGAUCAGCAGGGAAAGCACGUGUGUUUUUAUGAUAAUUAUGCCGAGAUAGGUAACAGAUGAGGAUGAAAUUUGGGCUUGACUGAAGUAAUGGGGUCUGUCUGUGAAGCCUUGCAGCAGUACAGCCCAGGUAAUUUGCUGAGCCUGAUGGGUGUCAGGGUCAGUCCAAGUGAAAGCAAAGAGAGGCUGGGAUGAAGGGUGCAAAGGAAUAAUAAAGAAAGCAUGUUUGAGAUCCAGAACAGAAUAAUGGAUUGUGGAGGGAGGUAUUGAGGAUAGGAGAGUAUAUGGGUUUGGCACCAUGGGGUGGAUAGGCAAAACAAUUUGGUUGAUAAGGCAUAGAUCCUGAACUAACUUGUAAGGCUUGUCUGGUUUUAGGACAGGUAAAAUGGGGGAAUUGUAAGGAGAGUUUAUAGGCUUUAAAAGGCCAUGCUGUAGCAGGCAAGUGAUAACAGGCUUUAAUCCUUUCAAAGCAUGCUGUGGGAUGGGAUAUUGGCAUUGAGUGGGGUAAGGGUGAUUAGGUUUUAAUGAGAUGGUAAGGGGUGCAUGAUUGGUCACCAAGGAGGGAGUAGAGGUAUCUUAUACUUGUGGGUUAAGGUGGGGGGAUAUAAGAGGAGGACGCAAAGGAGGCUUUGGAUUGGGAAGAAGGGCAGCAAUGAGAUGCGGCUGUAGUCCAGGAAUAGUCAGGGAAGGAGAUAAUUUGGUUAAAAUAUCUCGGCCUAAUAAGGGAACUGGGCAGGUGGGGAUAACUAAAAAAGAGUGCAUAAAAUAGUAUUGUCUAAGUUGGCACCAGAGUUGGGGAGUUUUAAGAGGUUUAGAAGCCUGGCUGUCAAUACCCACAACAGUUAUGGAGGCAAGGGAAACAGACCCUUGAAAAGAAGCUAAUGUGGAGUGGGUAGCCUCCAUAUUGAUUAAGAAGGGGACAGACUUACCCUCCACUGUGAGAGUUACCUAAAGCUUGGCGUCUGUGAUGGUCUACGGGGCUUCCGAGGCGAUCAGGCAGCGUCAGUCUUCAGCCGGUAAGCCAAGAAGGAGUCAGUCAGAGAGCCUUGGGCCAGAGUUCCAGGGGCUCUGGUAGUGGCUGCCAGAAUAUGCUGAGUUUCUACAUUGCAAAGGAAAGAAAUUUACAGAUUUUGAUGAAGUUCGCCAUGAGAUUGAAGCAGAAACAGAUCGCGUGACUGGAAUGAAUAAAGGCAUUUCCUCCAUACCCAUUAAUUUACGAGUCUAUUCCCCACAUGUGUUAAAUCUAACCCUUAUUGAUUUACCUGGAAUAACUAAAGUGCCCGUGGGAGAUCAGCCACCAGAUAUUGAGUAUCAGAUCAGAGAAAUGAUUAUGCAGUUCAUCACGAGGGAGAACUGUCUGAUUUUAGCUGUUACUCCAGCCAACACUGAUCUUGCAAACUCAGAUGCACUGAAGCUAGCUAAAGAAGUUGAUCCUCAAGGUCUGAGAACCAUUGGAGUUAUCACCAAACUGGACCUUAUGGAUGAAGGAACGGAUGCCAGGGAUGUUCUAGAGAACAAACUGUUGCCUCUUCGCAGGGGUUACGUGGGGGUGGUAAACAGAAGCCAGAAGGACAUAGAUGGGAAGAAGGACAUAAAGGCAGCCAUGCUGGCAGAGAGGAAGUUUUUCCUUUCCCACCCGGCUUACAGACAUAUCGCUGACCGAAUGGGAACCCCACACCUGCAGAAGGUCCUUAAUCAGCAACUUACCAACCACAUUCGGGAUACCCUACCAAACUUCAGGAACAAACUACAGGGACAGUUGCUCUCCAUAGAACACGAAGUAGAAGCCUACAAAAAUUUCAAACCGGAAGACCCAACCAGGAAGACCAAAGCAUUGCUGCAGAUGGUUCAGCAAUUUGCUGUGGACUUUGAGAAGAGAAUUGAAGGGUCAGGGGAUCAAGUAGAUACCCUGGAACUCUCAGGUGGUGCUAAAAUCAAUCGUAUUUUUCAUGAACGCUUUCCUUUUGAGAUAGUAAAGAUGGAGUUCAAUGAGAAAGAACUGCGAAGAGAAAUAAGCUAUGCAAUCAAAAACAUACAUGGUAUCAGGACAGGGUUGUUUACUCCAGACAUGGCAUUUGAAGCGAUAGUCAAGAAACAGAUUGUAAAAUUGAAAGGGCCUUCCUUGAAGAGUGUGGAUCUGGUAAUACAAGAAUUGAUCAACACUGUGAAGAAGUGUACCAAAAAACUGGCAAACUUCCCCAGACUCUGCGAGGAAACGGAAAGGAUUGUUGCUAACCACAUUCGUGAGCGAGAAGGGAAGACAAAGGACCAGGUAUUGCUAUUGAUUGACAUUCAAGUCUCUUACAUCAACACCAACCAUGAAGACUUCAUUGGCUUCGCAAAUGCUCAGCAGAGGAGCAGUCAGGUUCAUAAGAAAACCACAAUUGGAAAUCAGGGAACCAAUCUUCCGCCUUCAAGGCAAAUUGUGAUUCGCAAGGGGUGGCUCACCAUCAGCAACAUUGGCAUCAUGAAAGGCGGCUCAAAGGGAUACUGGUUCGUCCUUACUGCGGAAAGCUUGUCCUGGUAUAAAGAUGAUGAGGAAAAAGAAAAAAAGUACAUGCUUCCCUUGGACAACCUGAAAGUUCGGGAUGUGGAAAAGAGCUUUAUGUCUAGCAAGCACAUCUUUGCACUCUUUAACACAGAGCAAAGGAAUGUAUACAAAGACUAUCGCUUCCUUGAGCUGGCAUGUGAUUCCCAGGAGGAUGUCGACAGCUGGAAGGCAUCUCUACUAAGAGCUGGGGUCUAUCCUGACAAAUCUGUAGCUGAAAAUGAUGAGAAUGGCCAAGCAGAAAACUUUUCCAUGGACCCACAAUUGGAGAGGCAAGUGGAGACCAUUCGCAACCUCGUAGACUCCUACAUGUCCAUUAUCAACAAAUGUAUCCGAGAUCUAAUUCCAAAAACAAUAAUGCACCUUAUGAUCAAUAACGUUAAAGAUUUCAUAAAUUCAGAGCUCCUAGCACAGUUGUAUUCUUCAGAGGACCAAAAUACCCUGAUGGAGGAAUCUGCUGAGCAGGCUCAGCGCCGGGAUGAGAUGCUUCGAAUGUACCAAGCCCUGAAAGAAGCCCUUGGGAUAAUUGGGGACAUCAGCACGGCCACCGUGUCCACUCCGGCACCCCCUCCAGUGGAUGAUUCCUGGAUACAGCACUCUCGCAGGUCACCUCCUCCAAGCCCCACAACCCAAAGGAGGCCAACCCUAAGUGCUCCCCUCUCAAGGCCCACAUCCGGCCGAGGACCAGCUCCUGCCAUUCCCUCUCCUGGCCCCCACUCUGGGGCUCCCCCAGUCCCAUUCCGUCCAGGCCCAUUACCUCCUUUCCCCAGCAGCAGUGACUCCUUCGGAGCCCCUCCACAAGUUCCAUCUAGGCCCACGAGGGCCCCGCCCAGUGUCCCAAGCCGGAGACCACCCCCAUCACCAACUCGUCCCACUAUAAUCCGCCCACUAGAAUCCUCUCUGUUAGACUAAACGAAGUGUCUGGCAUGGCAAUUAAUCACUAAUGAAUUAUGCGAAAGCAACAUAUUUGAUAAGCGUUGCAGUAAAUCAUGAGUAGUCGCAUGUGUGGACAUCAGUAGGCAAGUAACCAGUUUUACUAAUGCAUUCAUCACUCAUCUUCAUUGCUCAUGGUAUGUCAAACCUUUGGGGUUUGACUCGAAAACUGCUAACCUUUAGAGGCUUUAUAUGUUGUACUGACCAAGGUAGGUUUGUAUAGCAGCCCUAUACUUUGGGGAUCAUUUGCCUACCAUGGCAUAUAUUUGAAAUUGCUUUGGACAAGUUUUCUAGGCUAUCUACCAGGUAGCUCAUUAAAUAUAAUUCUUCAGAUAUGAGAUAGUGGGCUUAGACCUAAGCCAUACAUAUUUAUUUUCCCACAUUCUGUUUAGGAUGACAGUAAUUCUGUUGUCUACCAUUAAUGCUACUACCUACUCCAUAAUUGCCUAUUUAGCUCCUCUUUUCUUCCUUUUUAUUUCAUAAGACUGCUAGGAAGUGAUUUUUUAAAAUUAGGACUCCUUAAGAAUAAACUUUUCCAGAAGCACGAGGUAGUUUGCAAAGGAAAAGUCUGCACUGUUUGCUCUAAAGAGCUUCUCCUCAUUCCAAUGUGUUUUGCUUCAUGCUAGAAGCAUAUGCAACAGUGAAUAAAAGCUUCUUUUUCUGUUAAUCAGUCAAUAAAUUUGGCUAAUUAGUUUCAGAGUUCAAGGAAGAAGCAAAAUAUCACAUCUCUAGAAGUGUUGGGAAAAAUAUAAUUUCUGUCUUUACUUAUAUUCACCUCAUGGUAGGUUAUAUUGAAGGCUGACAUGGAGAAUGUUUACUUUUCUAUUUGCUCUAAUUUUUGGCAUAGCUAACUACACUUUGAUACUAACUCCAGUUUUACUAUUAUUAUUUUGGUUGGAGAAAAAAAAUUCACUCUUUACAUGCUAAUUUGUAAUCUUGUUACGUAAGAAUUUAUCCUACCUUUGAAACAGGUUCAGUGUAACUUUAUAUCCAUUCUAGGCUUUCUUAAUAAAUCUUGAGGCUAUGAGAUAAUCACAUUUAAAGAAUGGUUCCUAAAAUAAAGUCAGUAGAAAUGACAUGGGAUAAGAGCAGAGCUCACACUUUUACAGUUGUAGUAUUUCAAAGUCCCUAUCCAGGUCACUCCAGAAAAGGGUAUUGAAACAUUGAAAUCUAAAGCAAAUUUGCAAUUUCUUAAGAUUUCUAAAAUUUACCAGAACAGUUUAGCCUGGGGGUUAAUAGUUCAGUCUUGAGGCUAAGUUUUGGACUACCUAGGACCAGAUGAUUCACAUGUAGGAAACAGCCAGAAGCCAACUGGAAUUUUGUGUGCUAACUGUUCCCAGACAGCAGAGCAAGUAUUCACUGAGUAGGGGUGUCCCAUGACACUAUUUCAUAUUCUACAGAAGUAAAUCAGGUUUCACCAACUGAAAUGUCUCCCUUUGAAAGUAGCAAACAUGAUUUGUAUGUUAACUUAACUUUAAUUUCCUGUGUAGUUUAUACCCAGAGCAGAUACUCAUAAAGUAUAAAGUAAAAACUUUUAACCAUUAUUAAAAAGAGAACUUGCCAUGUUGAGUGCCAUUGUAUUGAACUUAUUCUAAAGGCUUACAGCUAACCCAUUUAUAGUUGGUAAAAAUCAGAAAAUACAAGAUUUACAUAAAGAUCAUUUCGACUUUUAAGGUUACCAGUGAUUGUAUAAAAACAUCACAAUCCUAAAUCCUCUCGUAUCUCACCCCAAACCCCAAACUGGGGGAAAAAAAGUUAACUCUUUGUGAAUGGAACCAAUGUGCAAGAUACAUACUGCAUUUUUAAAAUAGUGUCUCAGCUAAAUGGAAAACUGUUAAGCAAACAUCCAUAGUAAAACAAAUAAUCUUCAGUGAGAUCUUUUUAUAAAACUUCUUGUUUUUAGGAUUCCCUUUGCUUCUUCCUUUGAAUUCUCUAAAAUAGGCAGCUAACGGAUUAUAUACUUCAGGGUUUGGCUUUGUGCUAAAUGUGGUUUUGUGUUUUGCUGUAUUUCAAAAUUUUCCUUCUGUUAAAGGAAAAUAUUGUGAAUAACCACUGGUGUGUUUUUAGAUCAGCACAAACCAUGUCAAAAAAAAUUGGAGAUUUUUUUUCCAAUUUUCCUUCCACUGAUCUUAGGCAGUAAUAAACAAUGGCAUUUGUCAUCUUUGGCACUUGCUUUUAGAUUAUAGUCCCACAGUUGUACUGCCCCAAUUGUCUACCUUUGUGGGUACAUUUUUGUUCUUUACUCCUAAGUUAUUUCUAAUAGAACCCAGCCUACCCUAGAAUUUCAGCAGUGACAUUGGAGAAUAUUUUUAAUUUGCUGCAGUACUAUGUCAUAUUAUUAGUAUGAAUCUCAUUUCCCAAAGGGUUUGUAUUCUGCUAAAAGGAGAUGCCAAUGUUGAAUGAAGUCUGAAACUCUAGGAUGUACAUAGUUUGACGUGCAGCAUGCACACCAGGCCUUAAGAUGGGAAUGUAGCUUAAUGAGUUUUCUGUUUCCCAUACCAUUUCUAAUCUUUUGUGUAAUUUCCUCUUAACUGAUUGCUCUGAUAUUGUAAACACAAUAGAUGUAGCUCUAUCAUGUCUAGCAUAAUUUUAAAAAUCAGUGUUUUUAGGAUUUGGGAAAAUAAACUGUAAAUGUUUAUUUGAUAGGUAAAUAUAGUUUUAUUGUCACAUGCUAAAUCUUGCAUGCAUAUUGACUAAUUGGAAUAACCAUUUACUCAAUUAUGGACAGAUUAUUGAAAUAGUAUUGAUUUAGAACAAGUAUAUUGCAUUUCUAAAAAACAUCUACCAAGGUUACUCGUCUGAAUAUUGCUUUUAGCCGUGUUUUAUAACAUAGACGAGCAGUAGGGCCUGUUUGUUAGCAAAUUUCCUAUUUGUUCCAAUACAAACUCACUUUAUUCUAAAGUAUAUUAAUGAAACCAGUUCCUGUGAUGUAACUAUAAGCCUUCUCAACUUAGAAUUAAAAAGUGGUCACAUAGAUUAAUUUUGUGACUUUUUAGUAUAGACAGUAGCCAUAAUUCUCAAAUAUGAAAUGGGACCUAAUACCAGUAUGUGAUAAAUGUUGAUGUUUUCUGUGUACAAACACAUUUUCUAUGCAUGUGUCUCUGUGUAUAUGGUAUAUACCUAGUAAGUAUGUUUCUGUUAGUAUGUGUAUUUUAUGUCCAUUUGAGUAGGUAGGUUUAAAAAAUACUCGUUAAAAUGCCACAAGCAUGAGUGUGAUUGUAUGUGCAUUGUGUGUAUAUAUAUAAAUAUAUGUAUAUGUAUGGUUGUAAAUACCUAUGUAUACAUGUACUUAGUAUGUGUGGUAUCAGGAUAUUUUUUAAACUGUGAUAAUACAACAGAUAGCUUUGGAUGAUCUGCCAUAACACGUGGUAACAAUAGUUCAUUUCUCAUAACAUAUAUGAGGUAUACAAAAUUUUCUAACUCCAGAUUGUAGUCAUUUUGAGAGGUACAAAGCUCAUAAUUACCAUGACAACAUGGUAAUGUCCAUAGACAUUUGUAUCUGAAUCCACAGCACUUCUAAGAAGGAAUUGCCUUUGACAAUAUUUUUGGGUAAGAAGUAAAACUUCUGGAGACCUAUCUUUAAGAUCUCUAAUUGGAAUUAUAAAUUAUUUUUGGAUUGCUGAGCUGAAUCUUAAAAAGCUAAGUUGAUAUACACAGUCAUUUUUCCUCUAUGGUAGAAGUAAAAAAAAAGGGACAUAGCAACAUUAAAGUAGUGGAUUUUUCUGAGUAAAUUUGCUGAAAAUAUAAGGGAGAAGCUAUCUAAUACCUUGGAGGUAGGUCAUCCACUUUUUCAGGUAAACAUUUUUGAUUUGGCAAAUGGCAUAAUUAUUUGAAAGUGACAAGAAUCUCCUCAGAAUGAAGAAUAAAGCCUAAUAGGUCUCUAACUGUUGAACUCAUGAAAGAAGAUAGUGUAUGAGACUUAAGCCAUGAGUUUUGUAUCAUUUCAAUUAGAAGACUACUAGCUGUAAGCUCAGAGUUUAAUGUAAAUGAAUCUAGAUGAUUUUGGAGAAAUGAUUAUUAGUUCACCAGAUCACUCAUUAUACAUUCUAAAAAGCUCAAAUGAGUCUUCUAGAUAUUCUUACUCAUCCUGUCUAAUUGGUAUGUUUAAAAUUAUGUGGUGCUGUGUAGGUGAAACCUUAAGAAUAUUUUUGAAGCGUAUGUAAUAUAUGCACUGCUAUUUGUGUGUGUGUGUGUCUUUGUAUAUAUGUAAGAGUGUGUGUAUGUGUGAGAGCAAGAGAAAGGAAACUCAAAGAGGAGUGUUUGUCUUAAGACCUGUUUCAUACUGGUAUAUUGGUGAGACUUCUCACCUCUGGUUGGAGGUUUCACACAUGGCUCAACUUAAGUCAUUAAUCUCUUUUUAAUUUUUACUCUUGAAUUCCUUAAACUUCGCUCAUUAUGAAAUGUUUUAAAAUUAUGACAAAAAUUACUCUGUCUAACCUCUUGCCUUGUCUGCUACCAGUUUGUUAAAAAUUAUUCCCCCCAACCAGUAAUUCCACCACUACUACUUGAUUUGUGUUAUAUUUCCUAUGUACAGCCUUUGUUUUGCUUGCUUGUCUAUUUUUACUUUCCCUUUUUUGGGUCAAAUUUUUCUUUUGCUUUGUUUGAAGAAGGAAUAUACAGAAGUAAAAUCUUGUCUUCUCUGCUGAUUCUUUAAUUAAUAUGAGCUGGAUACUUUCCACUGUCUUCUUGGCACUUUCAGGAUUUCUUAAUGCUGAUAUAUGGACUCUUAGAAUGGAAUUUUUGAAGAAAAAUCUCAAGGCCUGUAUCAUUCUUGAAGGUCAUAUGUACCUAUUGUGAAAAUGUGAAGCUGUAUUUCUGAAGCUGAAAUAAACUAUAACAUUUGAAGGA